UUUAAUCAUUAGUGAUAGUAGAAUUCUAGUAGUUCUUACAAAGUAGAAACUUUUUCGAAUUUUGCUCAUGUAAAACUGUUUAAAUUUAAAUCAUCAAUUAAAAUUUCGUAGAUUUUUAUAAAAUUAAUUUAUAAUGACAGAUAUUGUUAAACAAGCUGAAUCCUAUGAAGCUAAUGAAUUAUUUGAUAUAAAAAAUUCUUUUUAUAUUGGGAAUUAUCAACAAUGUAUUAUUGAUUCACAAUCAGAACCGCCAAAUUAUGGAAACUUACGUUUGCAACGUGAUAUUUAUAUGUACCGUGCUUAUUUAGCUCAAAAAAAAUUUAACAUUGUUAUUGCAGAAAUAGGAAAUAAUGCAACACCAGAAUUAAAACCAUUUCGUUUAUUAGCUGAGUAUUUACAAGGUCAAGUGGACAAAAAUUCAAUCAUAAAAUCAUUGGAACAAGAAAUUCAGAGCAUGUAUGAAAUUAACCAUUCUCUGGUUAUUGUAGCAGCAACAAUUUACAAUCAUGAAAAUAAUUUUGAAUUAGCUCUAAAAGUUCUUAAAGAUGAUGAUACUCUAGAAGCUAUGGCUUUAUCAUUAAUAAUUUACUUGAGAAUGAAUAGAGUUGACUUAGCUACUAAAGAGUUCAAAAAGUUAAGAGACAAAGAUGAAGAUGCUACUUUGACCCAAAUGGCUCAAGCUUGGUUAAAUUUAGCUUUGGGCGGAGAAAAAUUACAAGAAGCUUAUUAUAUAUUUCAAGAGCUGACAGACAAGUAUGGAAUCACAGCUUUAUUAUUAAAUAGCCAAGCUGCUUGUUAUAUUGGCCAAGGAGAUUAUAAAAAAGCUGAAAUCACCUUACAGGACGCUUUAGAAAAAGAUAGCAAUAACAUAGAUUCAUUAGUCAACUCUAUAUUUAUUGCUAGUCAUUUAAAACUUUCAUCCGAUGUUGCUAAAAGACAAUUAAACAUGCUUAAAGAUUCAUUUGCCAGCUCUGAAUUUAUUAAAAAUUACUAUGAAAAAGAAAUAGAAUUUGAUUCAUUGUCAAAAAUAUAUCAGUAAUUUGUUUUGUAAUAUUCCACAAUAUUUAUUGAUAAGUUGAACAUAUUUUUACAUAUUUUAAAAUUUAAAAGAAUAAAAACGAUAUUAUUAUUUUUAAUA